UUCCAACGUGCCAGCUAUAGCAUAAAUCUUUACACUCAUUACAAUAUUUAAUAAAAGUACAAAAUUAUAUCUAUAUAGAUGGAUCAUCAACACACAUUACAACUGAAUGGUUCAGGAGCACCUUCAUACACAUGCAGUGGUUGUAAAGAGAUAGGUUUUGGAUCACGUUACAACUGUGUGAACACCAAUUGCAACUACAUCCUCCAUAAAGAAUGUGCAGAACCUGUUAAGCAUGCAGUUCAUCCAUUCUUCAAAAAUUCUACAUUUGAAUUCUAUGAGAAAGCAGUAGGGGGUGGAUUCUGUGAUGCUUGUGGAAAAGAUCUGUUAGGUUUUUUCUACUGUUCCAGAACCGGGGAGGCUCUACAUCCUUGUUGUUUCAACCUGGAAAAAAACAUUUCAGAUAUAUUCACUUUGUCUCAUCAACUUCCAUCAGACUGUGUCCAUUGUAAGCAAAGGCAUGUUGUGAGGAACAACUUUCAAGGUUGGUCAUAUGUAGUUAACUCUGAUGGAAAGUCUUGUCUUCAUGUCUCGUGUUUCAACGAUCUGAUUCUUCAGAAUUUGACUAAUAGGUCAAAAGGGAGAAUGCGUUCGUUCUUGAAAUUUACCGGCAAGUUGGCGUUGGCGUUGAACAUGCUCAUCAACAUAGCUAAUGGGGAUAUCUUUGCCAUUAUUGAAGCCCUCAGUUCUUAGUUUGUCUGAAUGAUUUUACAGCUAUUUAAUAGUACUACAUCUUAAAUUUCAAAUAAGUGUCCUUGUAAAAGUGUCUUCUUUUUUUUUUUGGUUUGGUGUGUGUUGUUUUCAACUUUGAAUAUUAAUUAUUUUGUGCUUCA